AUGGCGCCUAUCUCGCAACACUCCUUCGUAUCCACAGACACAAUUGUGUCCCAGUCAACGGCGGUUAUUCGUCAGAAACCGGAGAAAGAGCAAGGCGAGCUCGAAUCCGAAACAGCCUCCACUCCGGAACAUCCAGCACAUUCGCAGGCAACCACUGGGCCCGAGCCCAUUCCGCAACAUCCCGACUUCUCGACGGAGGCCAUUUUUGCCGAAAUGAGUUGGCUUUCUCCCUACUGGAAGUCCCUGUUGGCCCCCUUGUGCGAGCCCGAGCUGACCGCGUGCAAGCCUCAAUCGACAUCGGUCCAGCAGAUUGAAAAUGACGAAAUGAUUCUUGCAAUGAAGACUGAAUGCCUAGACUCUCUGAAGGAAUAUGUACCAACCACGCAGAUGUAUGAUACAAGAUACUUCUUGGAGACCUUUGUCCACCAUUUACCUCUCGAGGGAGGUAAGAAUCUCAUGAAGGAGAUCAUCAAGUUCUCCGUGACUCCCGAAAAGCUGCAACAGCUAAGAAAUUUUCUUGCGGGCACGAUUCUCAAGCCAGGUAUGUUUAGGAUCUUGACGUUUAUGGGCUUAUUUGAAAGGUUAUUGACAAUUAUGCUCAAUUUCAACCUGCCGACCAAUCCAAAGUUGACCAUGGCAUCGGUAACUACAGGGCCGAGAGAGAUUCCGCCUCAAGAAAGAAGCAGGAAGAUCUUGAAGCGUCUUGUUUAA